UGUCAUAGACGAGAUAGUCGGCUGACGUGAGAGACGUCGCAAGUAUACCUCCGACUUUCCCACAUGAUCCAGAGAGAAUGUACUGCCUACAGUGGUUAAUCCCGGUGCUGUUGAUACCAAAACCUGUAAAUCCAGCGUUGCUGCAAACUCACGUCAUGUUCAUGGCGCUCUAUUUGAUCGGGUUCUUCCUGGAACGUAAGCCCUGUACGAUUUGCAGCCUUGUGUUCCUCGCUGCUGUCUUCCUCAUUUGCUACAGUGGAAUAGGCAAUUGUCUGCUCUGGAGCACAAACUGUGACACAGUAAGAUGCGACAAUGGAUAAGAUCGCUGUCUGUGUUUAACUCCACAAUAUUUAGAAAAUUAAUUAUUCCCCUCCCCUCCUCCCUCCAUUUUCAUUGCUAUGCGCGCGAGUUUUUCUCCUUUUCUUCCUUCAACUCCAUUUUCCUCCUCUCCAUGCUGUGGUAGAACAUAUCAAAGCAGCUUUUUAAUCUGCCAGUAUCUUUUAUCCAUAAUGAAAGCAACAAAUCUUUUAGGUAGUACUCCAAUUUUGAAGUUUAACAAAAUUGAUCUUCUAGACUAAUUUUGUCAAAAGUUUCAAUCGAUCAAUAUUGUAAUGUUCUGUUGGACAUUUUCAUAUUGAAUGUAUAUAGAUUUUGAAUCAUGGAAUUCCAAAUAAGCAAAAAUGUGAUAAAAUAUAUUCGAUGAGAUUUGAACGUAGAUGCUAGGAUUUUGUCGCAAUUGUUAACAAGAGCAAAACAAAUUUCCAGAUUGUAGCGUCAUAUAUAGCUUUUACUUGUUAAUAUAUGAAAAAUGCUAAUUCAUAUAUUAAUAAAAUGGAUUUGUUAUAAUAAAAUGGAAACUGAAAGUUAUACAGCCUAA